AUGGCGGCAGAGCGAUCCGAGCUCGAAAAAGAGCGCGCCGCCCUGGUCGAUGAGAGGGGUCGGUUGGAGGAGGCCCUGAAGCUGCUGGAGACCCGCAUAGCCUUAGCCCGCGUGGCCUAUGAGAAGUCCAAGCGCAAGGUGGCCGAGGAGUGGGAGGCGUUGGAGGAGGCUCGCGACGAGGCUGUCGCCGCGCAGGAGAAGGCCAGCCGCUUGGACCGGCUCACAGCGAAGCGCGACCAGUCCUCGAGGAGGCAUGCCACAGAGCUGCUUGCCCACGAGCGGCAGGUGGUUUCUCAGGAGGAGGUGGCCAGCAAACGGGAGGAGGCCGUGCGGUCUGCCCAGGCGGACUUGUCUCGCCAGAACGACGAGCUCGAGCGUGGCCGCACCGACGUCCUCCGCCGGGAGAAGCAGGUCACGCUGCGCGAGACAGACGUCGAAAUAACAACAUUGGCACUUGACGCCCGGGAGGAGCAGAUCGCACGGCGCGAGGUGGACGCCGACUCGGCAUCGUUAGCACUCCCCGCCCGGGAAGAGCUGGUUGCCAAGUGGGAGGCUGACCUGGCUGCCCGAGAGCAAGCCGCCAAGGCCCGGGCCGAGCAGCUGGAGCGAGCUCAGACCGAGGCGACCGCCCAACACUGGGAGAUCCCGACAGCGAGGGGCGUCCCUAUCAGCGCCGCCGAUGGCACCAGCCUAGAGGACUGA